UCAUCCUCUGUCUCUCCUCUCCUCACUAAUUACACGGAGUCUCAUUAAUUGCGUGUCUGUCUGUCUGCAGACUCAGUUCGUUGCUGUGGGCGUCAUUUUGUUCUGGAUUUGUUUUCUCGGCAGACUUUGGAUAUCACAUCACAUCAUCUCCGGACCAAGACUCAGCAUUAUUAUUAUUAUUACUAUUUUUUUUUUUUUUUACCAUUCAGCAGUGUCAGGAAAACUUGUUGAAGGAGUGGUGAAAAAAGAGUUAAGUGUGUGUGUGUGUCCUCUUAAAGUGAAUGAGCAGUGUUUGGCAGCUUGUGUGUGUGCAUGCGUGUGUGUAUUGAUCCACAGUAGCAGCAUGUUGCCACCUGUGAAGAAGGACCGGAUUAUUACUCAACUCCCAAAGUGUUUCAGUCCAAAUGCAGCACUGCACAUCAAAGAUGCCUUCCACCCACAGGUGAAGGCUGUCUGCCAGGUAAAAAAGACAGACACAGUGAGCUUUAAUAUCGCCAAAGUCAUCGUAGUGGGCGAUGUUGCAGUUGGGAAAACAUGUCUGAUCAGCAGAAUAGUUUCUCUCUCUCUUUACUCGGUUCCUGUAAGGUUCUGCAAGGGUGCGUUUGAGAAGAACUACAAAGCGACCAUAGGGGUGGAUUUUGAGAUGGAGCGUUUCGAGGUGCUCGGUGUUCCCUUCAGUUUACAGCUGUGGGAUACAGCAGGUCAGGAGCGGUUCAAGUGCAUCGCUUCCACGUAUUACAGAGGAGCACAAGCUAUCAUAGUGGUGUUUGACUUAAGCAGUGUGAGCUCUUUAGCACAUGCCAGGCAGUGGCUGGAAGACGCUAUGAAGGAAAAUGACCCAUCCAGUGUUUUACUGUUCCUCGUCGGUACCAAGAAGGACCUCAGUUCUCCUGAUCAGUUGGCUCAGGUUGAGCAGGAAGCCAUGAGACUCUCUGAGGAAAUCAAAGCAGAGUACUGGGCCGUGUCUGCAAAGUCAGGAGAUGGUGUCAGGGAUUUCUUCUUCCGUGUGGCCUCUCUGACUUUUGAGGCGAACGUUCUGUCUGAGCUGGAGAAAAGUGGGUCGAGGCAUGUCGGUGACAUUAUCAGGAUCACAGACAGCACAGAGAACGAUCACAAACCCAGCAAGAGGAAACCCAACUGCUGCUGAUGAGAGAGAACAAAGUGACCAUCUGGAUACUUUACUGCACCAACAUCACAGCUACACAGAACAGCACACUGGACAGGAAAAUGAAACUGAAAUAUGGACUCAGUGUGCUCAGUGUGGACACGGGUAUCAUGAAUAGACCUCAUAAACUACAUUGUGUUGCAUUAGUGGCACUCUGCAAAUCAUCUGAGAGGGAAGUCGGGAGUUGAAUUCUGAGUUGUAAACAACAAGAAGUCAGUCAGCAGAAUGACCUGAAUAGUGUCCUCUGAGGAAUGUUUGUACUGUUGGCCACGGCUACAACAAAUAAAGCUUUGUGAUAUGCUUGGCCACGUAAACAUUUAUCAAAAGAGGAAGAUUAUUCUGUUUUUUUUUUUGUUUGUUUGUUUUUUGGCAGCAUACCGCCAUUAAACUGCACUUGCUUGAUGCUUUCAUAAAUGUGUCUGUCUGUCUGUCUCUCCAGUAACAUUUUUCUCCAUUUCUGGAUGAAAUGUCAGAACCAGACUUAAUGCAUUUUUUUGGUUUCCUCACUGGUCUCCUGUCAUGUGUCUCUGUGCUGCUAAUGUGAUGCGUACGCCGGCUCCCAUGACCGCGGUCAUACUCACAAACGCAUCUCUCUCCUCUGACAUAAGGGCUCCCAUGAUCUCGAAAAUGGAGAGAUUGUUUGCAAGCACAGAAAUGAGCAGUGAGUUUUCAUCUGAAGCCAAUUGAUUUCCUCGCUCAGUAAAGUCAGACAGAAGGAUGUAGUGUUGCCGAGCGCUCGUUAAGAUGUCGUCAUAAGCCUGCAUAUGUUCUCUCUUCUGUCCUAUUAAAAGUAGAUAUACUUUUAUUAUAGCUCAUAGAUAAUGGAUUGUAAAUAAACUGGUUUUGAUCA